UUAUUAUCUUCUAAAAUACUGUGGAUUUUGGAUUUUGCUCAUUUCUUUCUUUCUUUUCCUAUUUUUUUUUUUAUUUUUUGAGACAGAGUCUCUCUCUGUCAUCCUGGCUGGAGUGCAGGGGUAUGAUCAAGCUCACUCAAUCUCCUGGGCUCAAAUGAUUCUCCCACUUCAGCCUUUUCGGCAGCUAGGAUCACAGGCACGCAUGACCAUGCCUGGCUAUGUUUUAAAAGUUUUCGUAGAGAUGGGGUCUCCCUAUGUUGCCCAGGCUGGUCUAGAACUCCUGACCUCAAGUGAUCUUCCCACCUUGGCCUCUCAAAUCGUUGGGAUUACAGGCCUGAACCACUGUGCCCAGCCCCAAUAUUCCAAUGUACUAGGGUUCUGGCAUUGUAAUAUUCUAGAAUUCCAAGAUGCCACUUCUAACAACACUAAGUUCUAGAAUUCCAAUUUUUUUUUUUUUUCUGAGAUGGAGUCUCACUCUGUCUCCCAGGCUGGAGUGCAGUGGUGUGAGCUCAGCUCACUGCCACCUCCACCUUCUGGGUUCAAGAAAUUCUCAGCCUCCCAAGUAGCUGGGAUUACAGGUGCCCACCACCACACCCAGCUAAUUUUUGUAUUUUUAGUAGAGACGGGGUUUCACCAUGUUGGCCUGUCUUGAAUUCCUGACCUCAAGUGAUCCACCUGUCUUGGCCUCCCAAAGUGUUGAGAUUACAGGUGUGAGCCACCACACCCGGCCUAGAAUUCCAAUAUUCUAAAGCACUGGAGUCCUUAUGACGCAAUACUCCAGUUUGCAAGACACCAGGAGCCUGAAUGGGGAACGAUUCUGUCAGCUACGAGUAUGGGGAUUACAGCGACCUCUUGGACCGCCCUGUGGACUGCCUGGAUGGCGCCUGCCUGGCCAUCGACCCGCUGCGCGUGGCCCCGCUCCCACUGUAUGCUGCCAUCUUCCUGGUGGGGGUGCCGGGCAAUGCCAUGGUGGCCUGGGUGGCUGGGAAGGUGGCCCGCCGGAGGGUGGGUGCCACCUGGUUGCUCCACCUGGCCGUGGCGGAUUUGCUGUGCUGUUUGUCUCUGCCCAUCCUGGCAGUGCCCAUUGCCCGUGGAGGCCACUGGCCGUAUGGUGCAGUGGGCUGUCGGGCGCUGCCCUCCAUCAUCCUGCUGACCAUGUAUGCCAGCGUCCUGCUCCUGGCAGCUCUCAGUGCCGACCUCUGCUUCCUGGCUCUCCGGCCUGCCUGGUGGUCUACGGUUCAGCAGGCGUGCGGGGUGCAGGUGGCCUGUGGGGCAGCCUGGACACUGGCCUUGCUGCUCACCGUGCCCUCCGCCAUCUACCGCCGGCUGCACCAGGAGCACUUCCCAGCCCGGCUGCAGUGUGUGGUGGACUACGGCGGCUCCUCCAGCACCGAGAAUGCAGUGACUGCCGUCCGGUUUCUUUUUGGCUUCCUGGGGCCCCUGGUGGCCGUGGCCAGCUGCCACAGCGCCCUCCUGUGCAGGGCAGCCCGACACUGCUGGCCGCUGGGCACAGCCAUUGUGGUGGGGUUUUUUGUCUGCUGGGCACCCUACCACCUGCUGGGGCUGGUGCUCACUGUGGCGGCCCCGAACUCCGCACUCCUGGCCAGGGCCCUGCGGGCUGAACCCCUCAUCGUGGGCCUUGCCCUCGCUCACAGCUGCCUCAAUCCCAUGCUCUUCCUGUAUUUUGGGAGGGCUCAACUCCGCCGGUCACUGCCAGCUGCCUGUCACUGGGCCCUGAGGGAGUCCCAGGGCCGGGAUGAAAGUGUGGACAGCAAGAAAUCCACCAGCCAUGACCUGGUCUCGGAGAUGGAGGUGUAGGCUGGAGAGACACUGUGGGUGUGUAUCUUCUUAUCUCAUUUCACAAGACUGGCUUCAGGCAUAGCUGGAUCCAGGAGCUCAAUGAUUUCUUCAUUUUAUUCCUUCCUUCAUUCAACAGAUAUCCAUCACGCACUUGCUAUGUGCAAGGCCUUUUUAGGCACUGGAGAUAUAGCAGUGACCAAAACAGACACAAAUCCUGCCCUCAGGGAGCUGAUAUUCUAGUGGAGGAAGACAGACUAUAAACAAAGAUAUAUAGGGCCAUUUGCCGUGGCUCACACCUGUAAUUCCAGCGCUUUGGGAGGCUGAGGCAGGUAGAUCACUUGAGGUCAGGACUUCAAGACCAGCCUGGCCAAUAUGGUGAAACCCUGUCUCUACUAAAAAUACAAAAAUUAGCCGGGCAUGGUGGCGCAUGCCUGUAGUCCCAGCUACUUGGGAGGCUGAGGCAGAAGAAUCGUUUUGAACCCGGGAGGCAGAGGUGGCAGUGAGCCAAGAUCGAGCCCCUGCACUCCAGCCUGGGUGACAGAGUGAGACUCUGUCUCAAAAAAUAAAAAAAAUAAAAGAUUUUAUUUAUAUAUUUAUUUUUUUGAGAUGGAGUCUCACUCUGUCGCCCAGGCUGGAGUGCAGUGGCACAAUCUCGGCUCACUGCAAGCUCCGCCUCCUGAGUUCACGCCAUUCUCCUGCCUCAGCCUCCUGAGUAGCUGGGACUACAGGCGCCCGCCACCAUGCCCAGCUAAAUUUUUGUAUUUUUAGUAGAGAAGGGGUUUCACCUUGUUAGCCAGGAUGGUCUUGAUCUCCUGACCUGGUGAUCCACCCACCUCAGCCUCCCAAAGUGUUGGGAUUACAGGCGUGAGCCACCGCACCUGGCCGAAAGAUUUUGAUAGGAUCCCUCUGGUUGCUGGUGGAGGUGAGAGUAUGGUGUAGGGGCAGUGAAGAUCCCAGAGAGGAGGCUACUGCAAUGGUCCAAGCAGGAGGUGAUAGCGAUUUGGAUCAGGGUAACAGAGCCGAGGUGGUGAGAGGCUGACAGGUCAUGCAUCUAUUUUGAAGGAAAGGCCAAGUCCAGGCUCCUUAGCUCGGCAUUCAAGGCUUCUCUCCACCACUGGACACACUUACUCUCUAGCUUCUCAGACCCUGUAGCAAUCAGAAUCAUGACCCCCCGUGAUGUCCACAUCUUAAUCCCCUGAACCUGUGAACAGGUGACCUUCCAUGGCAAAAGGGACUUUGCAGGUGAGAUUAAGUAAAGGAUCUUGAGAAGGGGUGGUUAUCCUGGAUUGUCUGGGUGGGCUCAAUGGAGUCACAAGGGUCCUUUUAAGAGGGAGGCAGGAGGGUCAGGGUCAGUCGCAGGAGGUGACAACGGAAGCAGAUGUCAUAGUGACGUGAGGAGGUGCCAAGAAAUGCAGGCAGCUUCCGGAAGCUGAAACAGACAAGGAAACAGAUUCUCUCUGAAGCUCCCAGAAGGAACACAGACCUCCUGACACUUUUAGACCUCUGAUCCGCAGACCUUUAAGAAAAUACAUUUGUAUUGUUUUAA